AUGAUCUUGAUACCACCCCCUCCCAUCGACUUUGCUAUCGACACCAUCGAUCACCACAAGAAACGACACAAGAUCCGCCAGUACACCAAACUCAAAGCAACGGAAUGGAGCGAUCUUCAGAAAACGAUCCGUCCUUUCACGCGUACGCUCGAUCGAACACGCCCCUUAGCAGACCAACGUCUCGAAGACUUACGAAGAAUCAAAGCAUAUGCCUUGCAACGAUUGGGGUUUCUAACGCGCUACGUCAAUGCGUGGCCUGUAUUCUAUUACCUGUUCAUUCACUUUGCGGACCACGCACGUCAUCGAAAGGAGCGUUCCAAAGUUAUCCUCAACAACUAUCACGGUGGUGAUCUUUCCUUGCUUCGCCACCUGGAGGGACAGAUCGGGCCUAAUCCCCAACCUGCUCCCGCUCCCUCUAUUGUCUCAUCCUUGGAACGCGAACGCGAUCACGUGAUCAUCGACCGUCGACUUUUGGACUUUCUUAGGCGUCAAUGCGGAGUUGACCUCACUACCCAUGUCCACGCAUUUGUCCGUCUCGGCAUUCGGACCCUAUCGGAUCUCGAUCACGGGAUUUUCCAUGAGGAUCCUCAAUUUCUACCCACCUUCAUCCGAAAACACAAGAAAAGUUUCGGGAUGACUGCUUAUGAAAGAGACAUGUUUAGAGCCGCGUGCAGAUCAAGGAAAGAGAGGCAGAUUUAG